AGGAACUUUGUUUUAAAAUUAAAAGUCGCGGCUUAUUGCAAUUAAAACGUAAUUUGCAAAUUAUUUUUAAUUUUAACUAUACAAUAAUUAAGUAUGGGAUUAAUUUGCUAUUUUGUGGCCCUAAGAAUAAGCGCAAGCAUAGUGCGUAUUCAACCUUAAUAAAUCUUAAGAAUGACAGCUUUGUUUGAAUGGGGCGCAUAUGCAUUUUGUUAUCAACAAAGUCUUGACCUUUGUCAAAGUCAGCAACAGCGGUUUGUAAAAAAAUAUGCAUAUUUUUAUGCUUGACAUUAACAAUAGCACAAAGCAUAGAUAUUUACAUAUCUUUGGUGUUAUAGGCUAUGCUUAAAGAUUAUUGUAAUGCAUUUACGGUCGUAAAACGCGGUCACAUAUUCAUAUUUAAGCGGUAUAAAUUAAUAAUUCGACGUCAUAAAAGCGUAUAAUAUGAAUAUUAAGCAUGACGGCGACCCUUGUUAGCGUUGUAGGUGUAGGUCACCGUUUCUGUUAUAAAAAGCAAAGCUAGCCAAGAUGUCGAAAUCAGUACCAACUGCAACGGUAAACUUAGCUAAGGUUCAGCAAGAUGUACAAAACGCUGCUUGUUCUAGUCGCACUGUGCUUUAUAGCUAGCUCUAAUGCUGCUGCUGCUGCUGCUGAUGAGUCACAGGCUGUUAUUACCAAGUAUACUUCAGAUUUGCAAUACGAUGGCAGCUAUAGCUAUGAAUAUGAAACAUCUAAUAAUAUCGCGGCUAAGGAGCAGGGCGUAGGCGGCGCUUAUGCCUCGGGUGUUGUGGAUUAUAGCGCACCUAAUGGCGAACCCAUACACUUGGAAUAUACUGCCGAUGAGAAUGGUUACCAGCCACGUGGAGAUCAUCUGCCCACGCCUCCGCCCAUACCGGAUUACAUUUUGAGGUCGCUUGCUUAUAUCGAGGCACAUCCCUUUGCCAGAAUACAGUUGCAGAAAUAAGUGAUAGGCAAUUAAACUGUUAAGUUAUGAAGUUACUUAGCUAUAAAUAGACAAAAUUGAAACCGUAGUACAAUUUAUUUGAAAUAAA